AUGGAUAGCCAAUACGCGAAAUGGUUUGCAGGCAUUGCGAAUGAGAUGGACACCAAGUUGGACCCUUUCGAAGUCGCCGCUCUGACCUCGUACUUCGAUGAUGUCAUCCCAUUGCAGGAUACAGUUUCUCGGCUUAAAUGGCCCACCAUUCCGGGGCCUGGUGGGCCACCAGGAACCACACGACGAUAUCCUCAAUCUACUCCAAGUACUUUGGCUCUUCCGAAAAUCAAAGGGGCGAAUGAAAUAAUCUGGCCAUAUGAAAGAGAUGUAGGUUUUGGAGAGAACUGGAGGAAUGAUUUCAACUCGCUGAGUGCCCAGCAUUACCGAGCCAAACCUCUUCUCCAACCUAUAUGCGCCCAAUGGAUAAACUCCAAUGCCUUUACUGCUCGCCUCAUCGGCGCUUUUAUUAUCGAUGGAUACUACUGGGCGUUGCUGUUAUUGUGGAAGCACUGGAGAGGAGGAUCGAUUUUACGAGACUUACCGCCAGAGAGGAGAGCAAUGUCUCUGCCGCAGCACAGUACUUCAUCCUCGCCAGCAAGGAAUUUCUCUAUAACCCAUUCCGAAAUGCCGAUAAGCAGAAUAAUCCGUGGGUCACUGGUUGGGGAAACGAGACACAGCUCUGGACCGGCGAGAGGGGUUUCAAUAUGGAACGGUGGAACUUCUGGAAGAGCCAAUGGGGGGCAUUGAGAGUGAGGGAAGAGCUGAGUGAUGAUGCCAGGGAGGCUGCAAGAAGAGCCGAGGUUGCCAUGGACAAAGCAGAGAGACAGAAGGAGCGCUGAACCUUCAAUAGGCACCAAAAUACUGUUUGUGGAUUCGUGACUAUAGAUUUAGAGUCGACGGAAUAGUAUAGCUGGCACUGCUAGUCUACGGCUUCUAUCCCGGAACGAGGUUACACGCAUAGUGAACUUUAAUUCCAUCGUUAUCCCUC